AACUGAGCGGCGGUUGUAGGGAAUUCAAAGAAGUGAGUGGGUUGGGGGAGAAGUCCACUUCUCUUACCUCUGACAUUCCAACUUCUCUCUCUUCACAUUCCCCAUUUUGCCCUCUCUCUUUCUCCCUAUAUUCUCUCUCUUUCGUCUUCAGUUAUUCUGUAAAACCUUCAGUUUUUUUCUUCUUCUUCUUAUAUUCUUCCAAUUUCCCACUAUAUAUUUGUCUCUUUUCUCUCACUUCUUCUCUCAACUAUCUUCAAAAAAGUUACAUUAACCACUCACAUUAUCUUCUUUAAUGGUUAAUUUCUGAGAUUGUAUAGCUUUCUAAUUGAAGUAAUUUGCAGUUAAAAGUUUACUGUAAAGUUUAUAAAGAUGCCUGGAGUUGUUGUGGAAGGAGUAAAUGAAGAUGGGUUAGAAGUAAAUUUAACACCUGGUAAGGAAAAUUCUGUUCAGAAUAUGAGGUCUCCGAAAAGUACAUUGAGCCCUCAAAGUCCUAGGAGUAUUGAAGAGGAAGAAGUUCUUAUGGAUGGAGCUGUUAACACUUCAAUUGAGCAACUUUAUGAUAAUGUGUGUGAGAUGGAGAGUUCAGAUCAGUCGCCUUCAAGGCAAAGUUAUCUGUCUGAGGAUGAUAACGAGUCUCGAAUUGAUUCAGAGUUGAGACAUCUUGUGGGUGGUGGAAUGAGGGAAGUGGAGAUUAUGGAAGAGGAGGUUGCAGAGGAGGAUAUUCAUGGUGAUUCUGAUAAGAGAGAGAAUGAUUCUGCUGGUGAAACUUCUGGUAUGGUAGAAAAGACUCGAUCUUCCAGCUCAAAAUCUGCGUCUUCAGGGAAUUCCAAGAAGGCUUCUAAUUUGCAGCUGGAACUUGAGGAAUGCAUAAAGUCAAGUCCAGAGAAGAAGGCUGAGAAACAGAAUGGCAAAAUUCCAAAGAAAAAGCCAACCCCUCCUAAGAAGCAGAGGAAUUUCCCACUUGCAGGACCUGAUUCUGCCUUGGAUAACCCAGAUAUCGGACCCUUUUUGCUAAAGCAAGCUAGGGAUUUGAUCGCUUCGGGAGAUAAUCUCCCCAAGGCUCUUGAUUUUGCACUACGAGCCUCAAAAUCGUUUGAAAUAUGUGCUGACGGGAAACCCAGUUUAGAAUUGGUCAUGUCUUUACAUGUUGUAGCAGCUGUAUACUGUAGCCUUGGCCAGUAUGAUGAGGCGAUCCCAGUUCUUCAGCGCUCCAUUGAGAUACCCUCUAUUGAGGAUGGCGACAAUCAUGCUCUAGCUAAAUUUGCAGGCAAUAUGCAACUUGGUGAUACUUAUGCAAUGGUUGGACAACUUGAGAAUUCUAUAUCAUGCUAUACAAAAGGUCUGGAAAUACAGACUCAAGUUCUAGGUGACAAAGAUCCUCGAGUUGGUGAAACAUGCAGGUAUCUUGCUGAAGCCCAUGUCCAAGCUAUGCAAUUUGAUGAGGCUGAGAAGCUUUGUCAGUUAGGACUCGAUAUCCAUAGGGAGACUGGAUCACCAGCUUCUCUUGAAGAGGCAGCAGAUAGAAGGCUUAUGGGUCUCAUUUACGAAACAAAGGGUGACCAUGAAAAAGCUCUGGAGCACUUAGUAUUAGCUAGUAUGGCAAUGGUAGCCAAUGGUCAAGAAAAAGAGGUGGCAUCCGUUGAUUGCAGCAUUGGAGAUACAUACUUGUCUCUCUCACGGUAUGAUGAAGCUAUAUUUGCAUAUGAGAAAGCAUUAACGAGUUUCAAGGCAACCAAAGGAGAGAACCAUCCAGCUAUUGCUUCAGUAUUCGUUCGUCUUGCUGAUUUAUAUAAUAAGACAGGUAAGCUCAGAGAGUCUAAGUCAUACUGUGAAAAUGCUCUACGCAUCUAUAGCAAGCCCAUUCCCGGAAUCCCUCAGGAGGAAAUUGCAAGUGGGUUCACUGAUGUUUCUGCCAUUUAUGAGUCCAUGAAUGAGCUUGAUCAGGCAAUCAAGCUGCUGCAAAAGGCUCUGAAAAUUUACGGUGAUACCCCUGGACAGCAAAGCACAGUUGCAGGGAUUGAAGCACAGAUGGGAGUCAUGUACUAUAUGCUUGAAAAAUAUACUGAAUCUUACAAUUCUUUCAAGAGUGCUGUUACUAAGCUCCGUGCUAGUGGGGAGAAGAAGUCUGCCUUCUUCGGAAUAGCUCUUAAUCAAAUGGGGCUUACUUGUGUCCAGCGUUAUGCCAUCAAUGAGGCAGCAGAGUUAUUCGAAGAAGCCAGGAGCAUUCUGGAACAAGAAUAUGGUCCAUACCACCCUGAUACUCUUGGUGUAUAUAGUAAUCUUGCUGGAACAUAUGAUGCAAUUGGCAGGUUGGAUGAGGCCAUAGCAUUAUUGGAAUAUGUUGUUGGAAUGAGAGAGGAGAAGUUGGGAACAGCAAAUCCUGAUGUGGAUGAUGAAAAGAGGAGGUUAGCUGAGCUGCUAAAAGAAGCUGGCAAAGUUCGCAACAGAAAAGCUAGAUCUUUGGAAAACCUUCUUGAUUCAAACUUUCAACAUAUAAAUGAUAAUGGUAUUAAGGUAUGAAAAAGUAUAGGUUUUAUUUAUAAUAAAGCAAAAGAGUAAAAGAAAAAGGCGGUAUCGAAAAAUCAUUAGAUUCUUAUUGUGGGGGUUAAUGAAAUAAGAUGUUGAGUAGGUUUUGGUUGUGAUAUUGAUUCUUAUAUCAUUCUUAUUGUCUAAAGGUGUUUUAUCUUCUAUUAGAUUCUGUUAUCAUACUUUGUAUAAAUGCCAGUUCUUUUGUACCUUUGUAUCUUUGAAAUGCUUAAAGAAGUGCUAUACAAGCAAUUUGUACGUAUGAUCCAGAAAAUGUUCCAUGUUGUAUCGUAGUGAUUCAGAUAAAUUGUGAGUACUUUUCUUACUUAUCUA